AUGGCCUUGGGUCGACAGGCAGUGUUACUUGUCUCUUUAUUCUUCAUUGUCAAAACAACUUCUUGGGCUUGGCAAAAUGCGCAUUCCACUCCAUCAGCACACUUGUUGGGCAAACGAUCGGCACCGGUUGACGAGCCUGGCAUAGACGACACCCUUCUUCAAUGCGAUGCUGUUAAUUUACACGAGGACCAGUGUGCAUUUGUACUUGAACAUUGCCAAGGUGUUACACCGGGAAUGAUCGACUAUAUACGGUGGUAUUAUUGCGCGUCUGGUGCAGCAAGACCUAUGAUAUUGAUCAUUCUGUGUGCAUGGCUUUUGUUUCUUUUCGGCUUUGUGGGCAUUGCUGCAUCUGAUUUCUUCUGCCCCAACCUUCAAACAAUCGCUUUUGCUCUACGCUUAUCCGAAAGCUUGACUGGUGUAACAUUCCUGGCGUUUGGAAAUGGAAGUCCCGAUCUAUUCUCGACUUUCAGUGCCAUGAACUCGGAUAUGGGAUCAUUAGCAUUGGGUGAAUUAGUAGGUGCUGCAGCCUUUAUUGUCAGCGUCGUGGCAGGAUCCAUGUGCGCCAUCAAACCAUUUCGUACCAAACGAUUCAGCUUUAUACGUGAUGUCAGCUUCUUCACAGCAGCCGUUCUUCUUAUCAUGGCCAUUGUAGCCGAUGGACUGAUUUACCUCUACGAAGCUAUCAUCCUCAUUGUAUUUUAUAUCAUCUACGUCUUGGUGGUGGUGGGUGGCAACUAUGUCAUGAAGAAACGAUCCAAUUAUCUGAAUCUGGUGCAACGUGCGAGACUGGAAUAUGAAGAGAAUGGACCCGAAGUAGACAACUUGCUACGUGGCAAUGAUUGGUACGGUCAAGAUGUGCAGGAAGAUGAAAUGGAGCUUUAUGAUGAAGGAUUUGAAACGGAGGGAUAUCAAACCGGUCGACGUGGUACGACACACCCCAAGCUGCGUAUUCGUACAUCCUUGUUUUCAGCCAUAGAGUUUCAAGAUGUGGUACGAUCAUUACAACAUGCGAAUGCAAGAGCAAGUGGUUUCACACGACAUCACCAUCGACGACGAGAAUCGGAUCAAGAUAUCAGUCAAAGUGUUCCUCUCAGCUCACGUAACGAACCCUCUCGUCCAACAACGCCUGUAUACCCAUCACGUCCAUCACGACUAUAUCACUACUUUGCAAAGAUCGGCCUCGAUCCUCAGCAAGUGACAUUUUAUUUAUUCCCAUCGCUCGAGAACUUUUCAGAGAAAUCCAUUUACAGCAAAAUCAGCUCACUGAUAUCUGCACCUGUCAUCUUUUUGCUUGCCAUCACCCUCCCUGUUGUCAAGGAAAGCGCCGUCCAAGGCGUGGUUCUCGAUGAAGAUGCAUUGGAGAUGUUGCAGGAUAUCCCGGAUGAGCCUGUGGAUAUGAAUGAAUUAGCUGAAUCGCGAGCUACAUGGAACCAGUGGAUGACAGCUGUUCAACUUGUAUGUGCGCCCAUCUUUGUCGCUACCGUUUUUGCUGUGAAUGAUGUUGUUCCUGCAGCCAUUAUUCUUCCUGUGGCAGCUGGAUUUGGAUUAUUGAUCACGGUCGCCUUCAAACUCACCACAUCGCCUCUACGUCAACCACGGCUCUAUUGGAUGAUGUCGUUUGUUGGAUUUGCUAUUGCCAUGGUUUGGAUUUAUGUCAUUGCCAAUGAGGUGGUCAGUGUGCUUCAAACGGUGGGCAUGGCAUUGGGUAUCAGUGAUGCGAUCUUGGGCUUGACGGUGUUUGCAUUGGGUAACAGCUUGGGUGAUCUUGUCGCCAACGUCACCAUGGCCAAAAUGGGCUAUCCAAUGAUGGCUAUGAGCGCAUGUUUUGGUGGACCCAUGCUUAAUAUUAUGCUAGGUGUUGGCAUUGGUGCCACCUUUGUGACGACCGAAAGGAAUGCUCCUUAUCCUAUUGAAUUAUCCACGACGAUUCUUGUAUCAGCAAUUGGGUUAUUGGUGGUGUUGGUUUCGCUUCUUAUCCUGGUCCCCUUGAACAAUUAUCGAAUGUCCCGUAUAUUUGGUAUUGGAUCAAUAGCCGUGUAUUUGAUAUGUACAGUAAUCAACUUGGUAAUCGAGAUCACCGGCAAUCAUUGA